CUUACCAAAAUGGCGCCCAUAGAGUCAUAGAACGUACUUCAACAUAUCCAACGUAUUCUCCUGCCAGUAAUCUAUCUUGCUCUGUUCUAGAAUCUUUGCUCGCUAGCUUCCAACAUAAUCGACCAAAGCUUGGGAUGCGACCGGUGCUAAGUGAAAUAUGUCAGAUACAGUGCCUGUCGUUAUGAAGCUAACAGAUUUAAAGAAGCUCAAAGUAGUAGAACUGCGUGUCAAACUGAAGGAACGGGGUCUCGAUUCUAAAGGUUUGAAGUCCGAACUUGUGGCACGUCUUUGGUCUGCGAUCGAGCACCAAUCUAUUACAGAACAACAACUUCCCAGUGGUGGAGAUCAUGGCUCGUCCGUUACUGAAGAAAUUCAUGUGGACGUAGAGGAACAGUAUGGACACACAUCUGAGACAUUGCAAAAAGAUCUACAACCACGGGAAACAGUUGUCACGACUACUGUCUGUUCUGCAAAGGGAAGAGAUUUAACAAACCUAGAAACUCGAACCUAUUUAACAGAUUUAACGUCGAUUUGUGUUGAAGAAAGUCCUGCUGAAACAGGUAACGUUCCAGUUAAUGUAGAUUGCCAUGUGAGCUCUGAUCGUACAGUGAGUUUUGUCACACAACAAAUAACAUUUCAGCAGCUCGAAAUCGAAAAGUCAAGCCGCUCGAUCUCACCAGAUGGGUCACCCUGUCAUCUAACGACUUCCGAAGAGGUUUCCCACACAGCAGAAACAUGGGUACAUGACGCCACAGGACCUGCAGACCUCUGUCUUGUUGCUGGAGAAGAGGAUAAACCGAAGAUAUCAAACCCCUCAUAUAUUAUGCACACUAACACCAGUCGGGCAGAAGAUGAACAUUUACAGCAGUUGAAAAGUGUGGACACAACUUUAUGUGGACCCACAACACCACUGAAGAAUCAGGGAGAAAGUCAGAACAACAAAAGGCUACUGGAAGGCAUAAGGAACAGGGGCUACUAUGAGUUCAAAGAGGAGGUCCAGUAUAACAGAGCCAAGAACCCGGAGUCUUACACUGAGGUCAAUGAAGAUAAUAAAGUUGAUGACCAGCUAGUUGUGUUAGAUUCCUAUAACAGUGACCUGCAUUUUAGAGUUGGAGAGGAUGGAACGAGUGGGCAGCCCUUCUUUUGGGAGAAGUUUCCUCUCCUGUGGUCAGGAUGUAGACUGAGCCACGGUGUACAAUAUGGGAAGGUCAGCUUCGAGGUCAAGUAUAUGAAAAGGCUGGUGCCCUGUGGUCUGGAGAAGGGGAUGGACCCUCAACCCCAUGUCCUCAGGGUGGGCUGGUCCACAGACAACCCCAGUCUGCAGCUUGGUGAGACAGAGUUGUCUUAUGCGUUUGACAGCAGAGGCCGUAAAGUGACACAGGGAAGGGAAAUAGACUUUGGAGAGACGUUUUCAGAGGGAGACAUCAUCAGCUGCUAUGCAUGGAUCAGUGACACAGAGGAAUCCGAGCUCUCCUUCUAUAAAAACGGCCUCUCCUUGGGUGUUGCUUUUCGACUGGAGCCCUCCCAACUGAAGGGCCACACCCUCUACCCUCAUGUUCUGUGCAAAAACUGCUCUGUGUCCCUGAACCUCGACCCCGUGGGUGCCCCCUGGUACUGUGGACCGGUUGGGUUUACCCCCCUCCCUGCCCUCCAACAUCACGAGAGAACUCGGGCUCCACAGCCUCCGGCAUCAAGGGAGGAGUGCGAGGUUGUGGUGAUGGUGGGCAUGCCAGGCUCAGGGAAGACCCGCUUGGCCCAGGCUAUCAUGGCUCAGCACCCAGACAAGCGCUACAGCCUGCUGAGCACAGACUCAGUCUUGGCCUGCAUGAGGGGAGCUGCCCAGAGGGAGGUGGUGCUUCAGCAGGCCACUCAGUGCCUUACACAGCUCAUCAGGGUGGCAGCUGGCAAGAGACGCAACUAUAUCCUGGAUCAGGCCAAUGUGUACCUAUCUGCUCGGCGACACAAGAUGCUGCUCUUCAGUGGUUUCCGGCGGCGGGCAGUAGUGGUGUUUCCAUCUGAUCAGGAGUGGAAGAGACGCCUUGCACAGCAGCAGAGGGAACAGUGCAAGCAAGUGCCUGAGGAAGCUCUUCUCAAGCUCAAAGUUACGUUCACACUGCCAGAGACUGGAGAUCUCCUGGAGGAGGUGUUAUUUGUGGAACUACCAAAAGAGGAGGCUCAGAGGGUCCUGACUAGGUACAAAGAGGAGGCACGGCAAGCCCUGCCAUCACCACCUAAACGCAAGAAACACAAACGCAACAGAGCUCCUCCACCCGAUUGGAAGCUGUGGAACACAUCCUACAAAAGGCACCCAGGGUGGAUGAACCCACCUCCACUUGCCCCACCACCCUACUGGGGUCCACCACCUGGACCGGAUGUGUAUGGCCAGCAGAGAUCCAGGAAUUACUACGGCUACCCUGCCGCACAGUGGAAUCCAUAUUAUGGAGGCCCGCCAGGAUAUUUUAGCGACCGAUACUACACAAACUGUGUUGGCCAAUGGUAUUAGUAAAAAUGAGUAAAUUCACCAUUUUAGUUACAACUGAAUCAGGGAUGCAUAGUCAACAGUAUGUAUAGUCAAGAAAUUACUGUAUUUUAGGUACGGUAUGUAAUAUAACAUAGUUCUGAGUUGGGUGGUUUGAGGUUGAAGAUGGUUAGCAGUACUCCUGUUUAAAGAUAGAAGAUUCCUCUGCUGGUUUGAAAAGGGAACCCUUUAGUUAAAUCAAUAAUUAGUUACACAGGCAAAGAUAUACACAGAUGAAGAACUGAAGAAUGCUAUUAAAAUUGUCUCCUUAAUUCCAAAUGGAGACACAGUUGACCGAGUAGAUUCCAGUGUAGUUAAGAGCAGGUAAAACUUGAGGCUGGCUUGCGAAAGAAUAGUUCUUUAUUCUGGAUGUAACAACAGAGUUCUGGUAACCCUGUUGUACGCACAGCACAGCACAAUGUUGCAAGGUGAAGCCAAGGUAAGAAACUGAAGCCAAGAUCUGGGAAACUCCUGGCUAAUUAUUAUACCAGAAUAUACAUUCAAGUCUGGGGUCAAAUUGGAGGGGGGAAACAGACAGUGAUAUAGCCUUAUUGAAUUAAUACGUCUUGUGGGGGAACAAUUAGUUAGGUACACCAUUUGCUAUUGUAAGGUGACAACAUUCUGUCUGCUUACAAUAAACAUCCUGUCCUCGCAGUUUCUGCAGUAUUAAACAAAGAACCAAAAGAAUGACAUACAGAAAACCACUAAAAUCUAACAGAACCAUGGCUGUAUGUAGAGCCGUGUUAAGAAACUGUUUUCAAAACAGAUAGCCUACAACCUCAGGAAACAGAAUGAAUGUGUGAAAUUUUAUUUGGUUGACUUAGUGAUUUUUGUUCUCUUUUUUGUAUCUAAAUGAUUACAUUUUUGCUUUCUAGGAUGCAUACUGAAUAUUUAUGAUUCUUUUCAUGAUUUGUAACAUCGGAAAAAUAACUAUUCUAUCAGAUUAGAAGUGCUGAAAAUGACCUUUAAUACAUCUGUAAUACAUCUUUAAUACAUCUCUUUACAACAUUUAGGUAAAAACAUAAAAUCAAAAUAGACAAGAACUUUUCAAAAGGUAUCAUACAUCUACAGUCCUGAACCUGUAAGAUUCAUAGUAAAUCAACUAUUGUACAAUUAUUAACAGUGCAAUUUAAUAUCUACAUAGAACAGUUCUUUUCACCCCAACGGAAACAGUAUGUUUUGUAAAAUGUAAGGUGUUUAUCUUUACCUAGAUUAUUCUCAGUAUGUUGUAAAUCCAUUGAUUUUUCAUUUGCACUACUGUGUUCUGGUUGUGAAGAUGUUUUAAAAAAGCAGUUACACUUUUGUUCACAAUAAAGAGAAUUUUAUAUUCUUUUAAACAUUUUGAUUUUGA